CAUUAUUGUUAAUAUCAAGGCAUCAGUGGAAAAACCUUGCUGAGCUCCCAGUUUUCCUAGCUUCCCACCAUCCCACGCUUUUUCACCCAACCCACAAACCAAGCGGAAAACCCCCUCAGUGCACUUGCUUCCUAACCCUGCAACGAUGUCACAUAUGAGGAGCCGCGGGGAGGGGGACCAUGGCAGCGAGGGGAGCUCGAGUGAUAGCCUCAAAUUGGCCGAUUGCCCUCAAACUCUGGUAUCCAAUGAAAAUAGCAAUUCGAAUAAGGUUUCGACUCGUCGUCGCUGUCGCAACCGUCGCCGCCGUAUCAGUGGAGAGUUCAGCAGCAGCAGCAGCGCAUCGGAGGUCAUUAUCACACGCCGUCGCCAUCGUCGUCGUGGCGUUCUCUCCGACGAGGAUGCAUUAUUGACCUUCGAACCAUAUCAGCCCAAUGCAGCCCUUGCACGUGCUCCGGCGGCUGCUUCUGGCCGAAUUGUGACGACCAAGAGAUGGUAUCAAGUUCCAUGGCGCAAUAUUUGCUUUGUCAUUUUAUCGGUAAUUGUACUGAUAUUGUUUUUUCAAACAUAUAUGGUGACAUGGAUAACUGGACGUCCACCAUAUCGCUUCAAUUGGAAUCUAUGCGCACUGAUUAUCUGCUGCGUCCUGAUGUGCAUAUUGAUGUCGCAGGAUCUGAAGUAAUCGACGAAGGACACAUAUACAUAUGUACAUAUGUAUGUAUGAUGAGAACAAGACUCCAGAGGUGGCGACAUCGAUGUUUGCAACAUGUUUAAACACGAAACAUCGUUGGAUCACCACCUCUUAUCAAUCAAAUACUCAUUACUCGAAUUUAAAAAUUCUAUUCGAAAUACUCAUGCAAGCUACAUUCCAACACUUUCAAUACAACAAACCAGUGCUCCUGCUUCAACAAUAUGUUACAAAUAUCCACAAAAUAUUAUAAAUAGUUUUAAAUUCGAGUUCUCACACUAUUCCAAUGUUCCACAAUACCUCAUUUAUAUCUAUUAAAUAAGAGUUCUUGUUUUCAGUUCAUACUAAAUACUACCUCUGUUCCACAAUAUCUU